CGUCCGUCCAAAGCGCGGGCAGCAGAGGAAGGAAGGAAGGAAGAAAAGAAGGAAGGAAGGAGGGAAGGACGCGCGUUUUUACUUUGGUACAUUCAUACAUUUCGGCGCCUCGCUUGUCCCGUCCUCGUACUGAAGACUCAGAUUUACUUGACCGAUAAUCGAUACUCUCACACCAGCCUUCUCAGAGGGAGACAAAGAGGAGUCCCGUGGAGAUGCCGGGAGAGACACUUUUUUCCCCCUCCGAGAACUGAUCACCUCGUGUGGACAAUGAGCGGAGUGAAGCCCUGAAGGCAAGCGGCCCGGAUCUGCCCCCCCUCCCCCUAAACCUCCCACUGCCAUGGAGAGCGCUCGCCCCCCCAUGUAGGAUGCCUGCCCCGUCCGAUGCCCGGCAUCCCCUCCUGCCCGUCACCACCACCUCCUCCUUGUCCUCGCGUGUGCCCGCUCUUGCCUCCAGUUCACUGCGGCCCCCCAGGCUGUGCCCCGCCCCGCUCCAACAUGGUGGAUGAGGCGACCGCCAUGAAGGAUGACGUCAUCAACGCCAACACGCUGGCUUGGCUGGUCUGCUCGGGCGUGUCCAUCCUGGCCAACAUGUGGAGCAUCCUCAGCGUCAGCGCCAAGCAGAAGAAGUGGAAGCCGCUGGAGUUCCUCAUCUGCACGCUGGCGGGCACGCACAUCCUCAACAUGGCCAUCCCCAUCACCAUGUACUGCGUCAUCACGCUGCGCCGCCAGCACUCCAACUACGAGUGGAACGAGGGCUUGUGCAAGGUGUUUGUGUCCACCUUCUACACCCUCACGCUGGUCACCUGCUUCUCCGUCACUUCACUGUCUUAUCACCGCAUGUGGAUGGUACGCUGGCCCGUCAACUACAGGCUGAGCAACACUAAGAAGCAGGCGGUGCACACAGUGAUGGGCAUCUGGAUGGUCUCCUUCAUCCUGUCCACACUUCCAGCUGUGGGCUGGCACGACACCUUUAACCGCUUCUACACCUCUGACUGCCGAUUCAUCGUGACAGAGAUUGGCUUGGGGUUUGGGGUUUGCUUCCUGCUCUUGAUUGGCGGUAGCGUGACCAUGGGUGUGAUCUGCAUCGGCAUUGCUCUCUUCCAGACCUUCUCCAUUCAAGCAGGCCACAAAGCGGACAAGAACAAAUUCAACGUCCCCACCAUCGUGGUGGAAGACGCCCAGGGCAAGCGUAGAUCCUCCAUUGAUGGGUCGGAACCUCUUAAGACGUCACUGCAGAUCACUUAUCUGAUCAGUGGCAUCGUCUUCAUCUACGACUUCCUGACUGGCUUCCCCAUACUGGUGGUGAGCUUUGCCAGUCUGAAGUUCGACCGCUCAUACAACUGGAUGGUUCUGUGUGUGCUGUGGUGCUCCAUUGUGCAGUCGAUCCUGUUGCCCAUGUUCCUGUGGGCUUGCGACCGCUACCGGGCCGACAUCCGCAUGGUGUGGGACAAGUGUGUGGCCAUCAUGUCCAAUGACGAGGUGGACGAGGAAAACAGCCAAGAUGGAGGAAUUCAUGUCGACUUAAUAUAUGACAGACCAUAUGACUAUAACUCGCCGCCUGAAAUCGUAGACCGUAAUGCCAAGUAUGAGUUCUCAACCUUAGAAAGGGGGGUCCCGCAAGGGUUUCCGGUGAGGGAACAGCAGGAAGAUAAAAUGCAGUAUUUGCAGGUGCCCCCUACAAGAAGAUACUCCCACGACGAAACCGACAUGUGGACCAUCGACCGGAUCCCCUCCUACCUUCACCGGUGGGGCUCCAGCGAGGACAUGAUGGCGAGUGGCCACUACAGCUCCACCUUGCCGCGCCGCGAGAGGCGCAGGAACAGCCUGGUCUCCUACCACGAGGAGAGCCGCCAUCCCCGUCACCUUCACCGCAAGCGGCGGCGCUCUGAGGACACGCACUCCCUCAAGCACCUGCCGCGCGUGGUCUGCGGCGCCUACGAGGACGACCUGCGCUGUUUCAGCCGCGACGACGUCAUCAACUUUAUCGACGAGACGCCGCUGCCGAGCCCCAGGAAGAGCCCCCGGCGAGCGUCCGCCAUCGCCCUCCUCCCCGGCGGCGUGUACGAGCAUCACGCCGUCAUCCUGCCCCACUUUGCGCUCACCGACUUCGAGCGUGAGCCCCAGGCGCUCAGGCGCCUCUCCGAACACAAAAGCAGGGGCGGCGCCUCGCCCUCACCCGAGGGUUCCCCCAAAGGAGACGGGCCUCACAGCCGCCGCGGUAAAGGGUGUCGGGACGCUGUGCGCGACGCAAAGUGCGAGGCGGGCUCGGUGGGGUGCAGCCCACGGACUCACCGCUCUGCGUGCAGACCCAGGACGGGUGCGGCUGAUUGGGCCGUGCAGAAGCAGCUGAGCCAGGUGGAGAGUAAAGGAAGCACAAACAGUUUUGUAAGCACACCCUCCUCUUCGGGAUAUAUCACCUUUCACUCGGAUUCUGUUGGCUCCGCCUCCUAAACAAAUCUCUACUAUUACUUUUAUCAUGGACUUACUCGCCUUUUCUACUGGUGUUUAACGAUCAUAUCCGUUCAUUCUUUCACAUUACUCACUAAGGACGUCAUGUUUAGUUCUACAUGUUCAAACUUUCACUCCCUUCUUUAAGCUGUUUGGUGUUGUUUCCUGUAAACUGCUGAUAUUAUACACUACGUUUUUGUAUAGCAAUUGUUGCUUUCUUCCCGUUCAUCAUAAGCCUGGACGUUGAUAUAUGAUACAUCCAAACAUUUAUUUUUAUUUUUAUUUUUAUCAAAGCGUCUUCUUAUUCCCGACCCAUGCAGAACAUUUUUAACUAAAAGAGUGGUGGUCCCAAACUGUGUACAGUGCUUGUUUGAGGUAUUGACAUUCAAUGUGAGGGCCCCUCACUUUUUAUUAAAAAAAAACCCCCACUGAGGAUCAGGUUUUAGAUCAGAUUUCCAUGUACUUUUAAUGAGGGGUGUUAUGUGUUUUCUUUUUUUGGAUUGAAAUAUUCCUCACUGCAUUCAGUUUAUUGCACCAAAAACAGCAACAUCCGAUUUUUUCCCCCCCAAAUUCCUUAUUUUUUGUAGCCCUAACAAAGUUAUACACACUUACAGCCGAACCAGAUGUAGCAUGGCUUCAAUGGCGAAAACAAAUCAAUAACACACAUUAUAAAAAUGUACUUUAUGCAAACACCGAUAACUAUAUAUAUAGUCAAGGACUAUAUGAAAUAACAAUGAUCAUCAUCUUCCUUAAGAUCAUUUGUAGGGAUGUCCGAUAAAUGCGUUAAAAUGUAAUAUCGGAAAUUAUCGGUAUCGUUUUUUUUUAUUAUCUGUAUCGGUUUUUAUGUUUUUUAUUUUUUUUAUUUUUUAUUAAAUCAACAUAAAAAACACAAGAUACACUUACAAUUAGUGCACCAACCCAAAAAACCUCCCUCCCCCCAUUUCUUUCUGUUAUCAAUAUUCUGGUUCCUACAUUAUAUAUCAAUAUAUAUCAAUACAGUCUGCAAGGGAUACAGUCCGUAAGCACACAUGAUUGUGCGUGCUGCUGCUCCACUAAUAGUACUAACCUUUAACAGUUAAUUUUACUCAUUUUCAUUCAUUACUAGUUUCUAUGUAACUGUUUUUAUAUUGUUUUACUUUCUUUUUUAUUCAAGAAAAUGUUUUUAAUUUAGUUAUCUUAUUUUAUUAUUAUUUUUAAAAAGUACCUUAUCUUCACCAUACCUGGUUGUCCAAAUUAGGCAUAAUAAUGUGUUAAUUCCACGACUGUAUAUAUCGGUUGAUAUCGGUAUCGGUAAUUAAAGAGUUGGACAAUAUCGGAUAUCGGCAAAAAGCCAUUAUCGGACAUCCCUAAUAAUUUGUUGUCAUUUACAAACCCCGAAAUUGUGUUAGAUGUAAAUAUAAACGGAAUACAAUGAUUUGCAAAUCGUUGUAUUCCGUUUAUAUUUACAUCUAACACAAUUUCCCAACUCAUAUGGAAACGGGGUUUGUAGAAGUUUUCUAUAAUAUUUAGUGCACCUUUUUUCUUUCUUAGCAUCACAUCAAUACAUUGACUUUGGUAAUCUGUUGUGUUUACAAUAUUUGAUUUUGUAACAUAUUCAGAGAUAUAUGGUUCAAAUAUGACUGAUGUUUAAUUGUUAUGAGAUGAUGACUUUGUUUUGAUUAAAAAAGAAAAAAAAAGUAUGUGACCGAUUAAAAUCACCAACGAAUGCAUCAAGUGUGUUUUUGCCCGCCGCUUUGUAUUCCAUCACUAAAUAUUGUUACGGUUGGUGUAAUGCUCAUUAAUCUUACCCCAACCCUAACUGGAAACCCUAACCCAUUUGUAA